CUCGCGUUGUUUCCUGACGGAGCGAAAUCGUGCACGAACGUACGUUCUUCGCGUCUACUUCCUGUUUUGUUUCGUCUCUCCUUUCGCUACCUUGUUGUGGCUCGGUUCGGGUCGAAAUGGAACAAUUAUUCGGGCAGGCGGACAAAUACGACCGGCUCACGAGCACACGCCAUUUUAUCUCCCAUCGGUGGAGUUUCUAAGCAGUACCGUCGUCGCUGACGCUCUCCCGGAGGGGCUUCCCAAGCCCCACACGUCCGCGGGGCGACAUGGCACUCAGCUCGGGCGGCUGGGCUCCGCAGGUCUCGUUGCUCGGUGCUUCCCAGUCCGGAGCUUGCGACGCCGGGCUCGCUCGGUCGUCGGCUUGCUGCAGCACCGUCUUGAUGUCCGUCCGCGUGUCAGUGUCCCACUCCGGUGCUCGCCCCUUGUGCCUGCCCGGAGCCGACAGCGAGGCUCUGCGCCUCCAGCUCAGCAUGGAUCCCAGCCGGGCCGGAGAGUUUCGACUGGCCCUGCGGGAUACAAGCGGGAACCACAAUGUGUUGGUGGAGUUCGACCUACGCUCGGUGCACUACGAGGUGAAGUCGGCGCGCUGCCACGAGAUGCGUCUGACGACGCCGCCUCACGACUUUAUCCGCUUCUCCUUCCGCUGUGACCGCGAGGCUGAGGAGUGGGCCACUGUGGUCAUGUCGUCACUGCGAGAGGCCCAGCGGGUUGCAAACAUGGCCAACUACGAGGCAAGCGGCAAGCAAACAGAGGCCGUUGCCGCCGCCACUGAACCGUCGCUGCCGCUCGCCGAGGAGCUUUGCGUGGAGCUCGUCAAGGCGGUGGAGGCCGGCGACUCUCAAGCCGCCGCUCAGCACGCAUCUGCACUUGCCCGGCAGAAAGCGGCUCUGAGCAUCCAGCUGGCAGAGAAGAACUACGCCAGCGGGGAGAUCAGCCUGUCUGUGGUGGUGGAGGACGUCUCUUCUUCCUGUUGCUUCACAGUCAAAGUCUUCCCUUACAUGACGGUGGCUGCGCUCAAACAACAGGUGUUUGUGGAGUACGGCUUCCACCCACGCGUGCAGCGCUGGGUGAUGGGUCAGUGCCUGUGCACGGACCCCCGCUCACUGGCAUCCUACGGCGUACAGCGCGACGGCGACACGGCGUACCUCUACUUGAUCUCGGCCCGCCAGGCCCGAAUCACGCGACAGCUGUUCCAGCAGGAUCUGGAGGGCGCCCUGUCCGCCCUGGCCCUUCCGCCCGGCAACGGCCCCGCGUGCCAAGACCCCCGGGGCUACAGCACACUGCCGCCGCGGUUACCCCACACCAGCCAGGGCGGUGGCGAUAAACCAGCUGACCUACAAGUUGUACUUGACAUGGAGAAUCUGCAUUUGAGCAACAAACCUACUAGAACACAGACGGAGUGGGCGUGUCCUUCAUGCACUUUCAUCAAUAAGCCUUCCCGUCCAGGCUGCGAGAUCUGCGCUACAGCCAAACCUGACGCACACGUCACCACCGCCCUCCAGCAGGCAGCGCACGGCGAGCUGGCCUCGAGCAGCAGCUGACCGCCCGUCGCCGCCGUCUCCUCUCACACACGCGCAUACACAAUGCUAUGCCAUUGUUGCCACAAAAACACACACACACACACACACACACACACACACACACACAGUGAUUGUCAAGUGCACUGAGAGUCCUCGCAGCUGAUUGGCUGUUUGAGACGUUUGAAGCACUGUAGCAUAACGCCGGAGAAGAGAGUUCGGCCAUUUUCUACGGACAAGACACUGAGUUUAGCCACACCUCAUUUCCUUUUUUUAAAUUUCAUUUUUUUGGGGGGAAAAAAAAGAGGCCCUUAUUUAUUGGAGGGGAGGUGGUGACGGAAGAUGCGGAGAAGGUUGGGAUUUCUGUCAGGGCAAAACUGUGAAGUUGGUUGUUGGAGAUGAGAGAGGAUGUUUACAGGGUGGUUACAAGUGCUUUUACUCUUUACAAAUCUAUUUUAAUGGACGUGUAUUUUUUUUCCUUUUAAAUGAUUCAUGAUUGAUGUAUAUUUUAGGAGCUGAUUUGAUUUUAUUAGAUUCCCUCUUUUGAGUUGUGACAGCGAUGGAAUGGUCUUAUCAGUACACAUUACUGUGUUGAAAAAAAGGACUAGUUGAAUAAACAAGUAACAUACCACCAUGGUUGUCUUACUGAGAAAACUGAACAAAAAAACCCA